AUGUGGGGCAUCCUGCGGAGCUCGAGGCUGGCGUGCGCGGGCCCUUGGCGGACUCUGGCCAGCGUGGCCUCCAGGAGCGGUGACGAGUACAGCUACGUGGUGGUGGGUGCAGGCUCUGCAGGCUGCGUGCUGGCCAGCCGCCUCUCCGAGGACCCCAGUGAGCGGGUGCUGCUGCUGGAGGCUGGGCCCAAGGACGUGUACGCGGGCAGCAAGCGGCUCCUGUGGAAGAUCCACAUGCCCGCGGCCCUGGUGGCCAAUCUGUGCGACGACAAGUACAACUGGUGCUACCACACGGAGCCGCAGGCGGGCCUGGACGGCCGGGUGCUGUACUGGCCGCGUGGCCGCGUCUGGGGCGGCUCGUCGUCGCUCAAUGCCAUGGUCUACAUCAGGGGGCAUGCCGAGGACUACAACCGCUGGCAGCGCCAGGGCGCCGCGAACUGGGACUACGCGCACUGCCUGCCCUACUUCCGUAAGGCACAGGGCCACGAGCUGGGCGCCAGCAGGUACCGUGGUGGCCAGGGGCCCCUGCGCGUCACCCGGGGCAAGAGCAACCACCCUCUGCAUCAGGCUUUCCUGGAGGCGGCACAGCAGGCCGGCUACCCGUUCACUGAGGACAUGAACGGCUUCCAGCAGGAAGGCUUUGGCUGGAUGGACAUGACCAUCCACGAAGGCAAGCGCUGGAGUACAGCCUGCGCCUACCUGCAUCCUGCGCUGAGCCGCCCCAACCUGAAGGCCGAGGUCAGGACGCUGGUGAGCAGGGUGCUGUUUGAAGGCACCCGUGCUGUGGGCGUGGAGUAUAUCAGGAAUGGCCAGAGCCACAGGGCUUAUGCCAGCAAGGAGGUGAUUCUGAGUGGAGGCGCCAUCAACUCUCCACAGCUGCUCAUGCUCUCAGGUGUGGGGAACGCAGACGACCUCAAGAAACUGGGCAUCCCCGUGGUGUGCCACCUUCCAGGAGUUGGCCAGAACCUCCAGGACCACCUGGAAUUGUAUAUUCAGCAAGAGUGCACCCGGCCCAUCACCCUCCACUCAGCACAGAAGCCCUUGCGGAAAGUCCAGAUUGGCCUGGAGUGGCUCUGGAAGUUCACAGGGGAUGGCGCCACGGCCCAUCUAGAAACAGGUGGGUUCAUCCGGAGCCAGCCUGGGGUCCCUCACCCAGACAUCCAGUUCCACUUCCUACCUUCCCAGGUGAUUGACCACGGGAGAGUCCCCACCCAGCAGGAAGCUUACCAGGUGCACGUGGGGACCAUGCGGGGCACGAGCGUGGGCUGGCUCAAACUGAGAAGUGCAAACCCUCAGCACCACCCUGUGAUCCAGCCCAACUACCUGUCCACAGAAACCGACAUCCUGGACUUCCGUCUGUGUGUGAAGCUGUCCAGAGAAAUUUUUGCACAGAAAGCCCUGGAUCCGUUCCGGGGGAAGGAACUCCAGCCAGGCAGCCACAUACAGUCAGAUAAAGAGAUCGACGCCUUCGUGCGGGCAAAAGCGGACAGCGCUUACCACCCCUCAUGCACCUGCAAGAUGGGCCAGCCCUCCGACCCCAUGGCUGUGGUGGAUCCACAGACCAGGGUCCUCGGGGUGGAAAACCUGCGGGUAGUCGAUGCCUCGAUCAUGCCCAGUGUGGUCAGUGGCAACCUGAAUGCCCCUACCAUCAUGAUAGCAGAGAAAGCGGCAGACAUGAUUAAGGGGCAGCCUGCGCUCUGUGACGAGGAUGUCCCUGUCUACAAGCCCAAGACCCUGGCCACCCAGCGUUAA